AUGUUGGCGCUGCGCUGCGGCCUCGGCGCGGCGGGCCUGGCCCGGGUCCUGGUGCCCGCGGGUCGCCCCGCGCUCCGGACCGAGCGAGGAGCGGGGACCCUGGGCCUCCAGAGGCCUUGUGAACGAGACCAUCAGAAGGAUUGGGGCCAUGCAGAGCUGCUGGAAGUCCUCAAGGCACGAGUGCGGCAGCUGCAGGCCGAGUCGGUGUCUGAAGUGACCGUGAAGAGGGUGAAGGUGGCCGCACGACCACCGAACAGCAGCAGUUCCCAGCCGCCCGGGAAGGCCGCUAAGGGGGCCACCCCCGAGCUGCAUGGCCGUUGGGCCCAGAAGCUGGACAAGGAGAAGGUCAUUAUGCAGAAGUGCAGGCAGAUGCUGGAGGAGAGGCUGCAGGCCCAGGCCCAGAAGAAGGCCAAGGUGCGACCACUACGGCCACUGCGGGUAGAGCCUCGGCUGCAGAAUGGCCAGCUGGCCAGCUGCCUGCAGCGAUGGGCACAGGGCGGCCCAGUCCACCCGUGGGAAGAGCAGCUGUCGCGAGUACUGCAGGAGGCCCCGCAGAAGCUUAGCCGGGAGGAGUCUCAAAAGCCGGCCGACGGGGCCCCGGAGACCCAGCUCACAGGCCAGCAGCAGAAGCUCCUGGCCUUCCUCGAGUGCUGCCUGCACACAGACAACGUGUCCUUGGCCCACCACGUGCUGGUCACCCAGCAUGGCCGGCGACGGCGGCCACUCACACUCAGCAUGUACAACACCGUCCUGCUUGGCUGGGCCCGGAAGGGGUCCUUCAAGGAGUUGGUGUAUGUGUUCUACAUGCUGAAGGAUGCCGGCCUGACCCCUGACCUCCUGUCUUACGCAGCUGCUCUCCAGUGCAUGGGACGACUGGACCAGGACCCUCAUACCAUCAGGAAGUGUCUGGACCAGAUGUCCCGGGACCGGCUGUCACUGCACCGUGUCUUCUCGGAUGUGGCCAUGUCAGCGGAGGAGCGGUCCCUGCUCCUGCAGGCAGUGCGGAAGGUGAAGCCUGCCUUCAGCCCCCCACCACUGCCCUCGCCCCUCGUCAACACCUCCCCUCUUCUCAAGGACGUGUAUGCCCAGGAUGGCCCCCUGGCUUACCCGAAGCUGCACUUGCCCCUGAAGAUGCUGGAGAGCCUUUUUCAGGAGCAGCUGCGUGUGGAACUGGCCACCACCGUCCAGGUCCACUCAGUGGAGAAGGCCCCACCGCUGACCAGUGAGCUCCUGCAGGCGAGAGAGACGCUGAGGAACCUGCGGGCCCAGUGGGAAGCGGCGCUGUGUCACGAGCUUCAGGAGGUGAAGGCAGUCAUGGCUCGAGGGGCCCGGGAAGGCCGCCCCACUCUCUACCCACACCUGUGCCUGCUGAGCGAGCAGGAGAUGGCCCAGAUGCUGCUGCAGGUCCUGCAGGGGUUGCCGCCCCAGGGCGAGUCACUCAUCAGCCUGGCGCAUGAGCUGGGCAUGCGUACUUUCAACAGGCACAUGGUGCAGCGGAAGCAGCAGGAGCAGCAGGUGCAAGCCCUGCAGAAGCGCUACUCACAGUACCUGCGCCUGCUGGCCAGUGACACCCAGGUACACCCGCCCCUCCUGCCCAGGCAGUACUGGGAGGUGCUCGGGGGUUCUGAGGGUGAGCCGCGCCCUGAGAAGCCGUGGCCUCUACCCGUGCUGGUUAACCUGGGCAAGCAGCUGGCAGAGGUUCUAGUGCGUGCGGUGCACAUGCCCCGCACCUCCUCAGCCCCCAGCGACGCAACACCCCUUAUUCCAGUGCUGUACCACGUGUACUCAUUCCGCAGCUUCCGCCAGAUCGGCGUCAUAAAGCCCCACCCGGCCUUCUCCCAGCUGCUCGCCACCGCCGCAGAGCCCACACUGACCUUUGAGGCAACCGAGGUGCCCAUGCUGUGCCCGCCAGUGCCCUGGACCUCACCACACUCAGGCGCCUUCCUGCUGAGCCCCUCCAAGUUGAUGCGGGCUGUGGAGGGUACCGUGCAGCACCAGCACAGCCUGGAGCGCUGCCCGCCAGCCUCAUUGCACGGCGCUCUGGAUGCCCUCACCCAGCUUGGCAACUGUGCCUGGCGUGUCAACGGGCGGGUGCUGGACCUAGUGCUUGAGGUGUUCCAUGACCACAGCUGUCCUCGCCUGGGUGUGCCGCCGCCGCCGCCCCCUGCAGUCCCAAGUCCUCACUGCCCCUCGCCAGGCACCCGGCCUGCAAACCUGGCCCAACAGUGCCGGGACCUGGCCAAACAGCGGCAGGAGGCCGCACGGGCCCUCAAGGCCGCCCGCGAGCUGCGCAGCCUGCGUGCCGACGCUCUCUACCGUCUCUCGCUGGCACAGCACCUGCGACAUCACAACUUCUGGUUGCCUCACAACAUGGACUUUCGAGGCCGCACCUACCCCUGCCCUCCACACCUCAGCCACCUGGGCAGUGACCUGGCCCGAGCCCUGCUGGAGUUCGCCCAGGGCCGCCCUCUUGGCCCCCAUGGCCUCGACUGGCUCAAGCUGCACCUAGUCAACCUCACUGGCCUCAAGAAGAGGGAGUCCCUGCAGGCACGACUGGCCUUCGCUGACCAAGUGCUGGAUGACAUCCUGGACUCUGCGGACCGGCCCAUGACGGGCCGAAAGUGGUGGAUGGCCUCAGAGGAGCCCUGGCAGACCCUGGCCUGCUGCAUGGAGAUCGCUGGGGCUGUGCGCUCCCCGGACCCCACUGCCUUCAUCUCCCACUUUCCCGUCCACCAGGAUGGCUCCUGUAAUGGCCUGCAGCACUACGCGGCGCUCGGCCGGGACACCGUGGGCGCCGCCUCUGUCAACCUGAUACCAUCGGACCUUCCACAGGACGUCUACAGUGGCGUGGCUGCGCAGGUUGAGGUGUUCCGCAGGCAGGACGCGGAGCAGGGCCUGCGCGUGGCCCAGGUGCUCGAGGGCUUUGUCAGCCGCAAGGUGGUGAAGCAGACGGUCAUGACCGUGGUGUACGGGGUCACUCGCUAUGGCGGGCGCCUCCAGAUCGAGAAGCGUCUGCGCGAGCUGGAGCACUUCCCCCAGGAGUUCGUUUGGGACGCCUCCCACUACCUUGUGCAGCGGGUGUUCAACAGUCUCCAGGAGAUGUUCUCAGCUACCCGGGCCAUCCAGCACUGGCUGACUGAGAGUGCCCGUCUCAUUUCCCACAUGGGCUCUGCUGUGGAGUGGGUCACGCCUCUGGGCAUCCCGGUCAUCCAGCCCUACCACCGCACCUCCAAGUUACUGAUCAAUGGUGGGAUGCACACCAUGGCCUUCAAGAGCAGUUCUGACAGCAGCCAGCGCCCCAACACACUGAAACAGAAGAAUGGAUUCCCACCCAACUUUAUCCACUCCCUGGACUCCACACACAUGAUGCUUACUGCCCUGCAUUGCUAUAGGAAGGGCUUGACCUUUGUCUCUGUUCAUGACUGCUUCUGGACGCACGCAGCCGACGUCCCCAUCAUGAACCAGGUGUGUCGUGAGCAGUUUGUCAACCUCCACAACCAGCCCAUCCUGCAGGACCUGUCCCGCUUCCUGGUGAAGCGCUACUGCUCCACCCCCAGGUCUCUGAAGUUCUCCAAGAACAUCCAGGCACGGAAACUUUUCCAGACACUUCUGGCCAUUCCAGAGACAGGCACCUUCGACUUGGAGCAGGUGAAGUCCUCCACAUACUUCUUCAGCUGA